GCUCAGUCCCAGCUCCGGGGAGGCCACAUUCCUCUGCCCUCCCUACCGCGCCGGGAUGGAGCAGAGGGGCUGCCCGCGAGCGCACUGUAAGGCAGCAGAGCCGGUCCGCAGCGUCGGGGUUCAAAGUCCACGAGGCUGUUUCCAGACGAGGGCAAAGGAAUGUGCGGUCACUGUGUCCCCUCCGGGUCUGUGCUUUGGGGCGCUGCUGUUGCCUUGGCUUGUUACAACCCCACCGGGUCCUACUCUCCACGCCCCGCACCCCCUGGCCUCCCACCGGCUGCUUUAUUGCAUUGCUGAUACAUGCUGCCUUGCGAGGCGGGAGACAAACGCGGUUUGUUGGUAAUUAUGCAUAGGAGGGACUAUGCAAGAGAGAGCGGAAUCUGGAGGCAGCAGGAAGGCAAAGCGAACGGGAUGUAGUAUGGCUAGUGCCUAUACUCGAUUGCCCUACGCUACUCCAAGAGAGGCACCAUGACCAAAUAGGGUGUGUGUGUUUUUCAUCAGUCGAUCUCAAAGAACUAUACGAAGGAGACUACAAUGAAUGUGGAACAUGAAAUUAACCUCUUAGUUGAGGAGAUUCGGCGGCUGGGGACCAAAAAUGCUGAUGGAAAGCUGAGUGUGAAGUUUGGUGUGCUCUUUGCUGAUGAAAAAUGUGCCAACCUCUUUGAAGCCCUAGUGGGCACUCUUAAGGCUGCAAAACGAAGGAAGAUUGUUACUUACCCAGGAGAGUUACUUUUACAAGGUGUUCAUGACAAUGUUGAUAUUUUGUUACUGCAGGAUUAAUGCAGUUUGCACUUCUCCUGUGUAUUAAUUCGUUUCAGGUAAAUGAUAUGCAGGCAUUUCAGAUCAAGGCUAAUCAUCCUAGCGUGUUUUGGUAUUUUUCUAUAACUUUAUAGUAAAAAGGAGACUGUCUUAUUUUGGAAAAUAUUCCUUUUUGUAUUCCUUCUGUGAACAUUACUGUAAAUGAUUGUAAGGUAAGGACACAAAAAUCUCUCUUUUUAACUCAGGUAAUGCAUUUUUAAAUGUAUUUCUCAGUUAUUGUCACCAUGAAAGAAGAGACAGAACUGGUAACUUAUCUGUGUUUACAAACCAAAAUCUGCGGUGAAAGUAUAAAAUAAAACAUGCCUAAAUGUAUAUAA